AUGGAUUGCACAACAAACCUGUAUGACGGUGCGUUGAGGGGCAGUCCCCACUUUCGCUGUGAUGGCGACUUACAGUCUGUCAGGAAGCACUUCACCAAUUUCACGGAAAGUGCAAAAUUGAAUUUCCCCCUGGAGGUAGGCACUCCCAAGGAGAAGCAGAGGAGAAGGCACGAAAAUGUGUUUGACCGAUUGACGGAUGAGAACUUUUACACAGGAAUGCACAAGCAGAAGUUUGACACGUUAAGGAGCAGGGCAGCCGCGAAAGGCACUUCUCCAAAUUUUAACCCUAACCACCUACUAACGGGGGGAUGUCCCCCCAUCGAACAAUACCCAGGGACGAUUUUUCAGAAGUGCAAAAGAUCCGUUGUCACGCCGGGGACGCUGGGGGUGCAAAAGUAUGGAAUUCAAAUUGCACAGCCGAAGAAUAUUUGGCUGUUUCGCAACGGAGAUGAACACCACGAAGGGCUGCUUUUCCUAGUCAAGUCACACAUGCACAAUUGGAAGUCGCUGCUGAGCGAAAUUACCAAAGUGCUAAACCCCACCAUUGGACCUGUUAGAAUUAUUUACAACGCGAACUUUCACCAGGUUCGCACAGUCGCAGCGCUGAACGAUGGGGAGAAAUACCUUUGUACAUCUGGGGAACCCCCCGCGCGUUUGGACAGGCUGACUCGCUUCCUCAGUCCCUGGGUGAUGCACGGCAAUGACCCCCACUGA